UAAAGACUUUAUCUUUAAGUAAUCUCUACACCCAACAUGGGGCUUGAACUGCAACCCCAAGAUGAAGUCGGACUCUACCAACUGAGCCAGCCAGGAACCCCCCUGCUUUGUCCUUUAGGUCUUGGUUUAAAUGUCCCUUAAUUGGGGUUCCCCACUCCUUUUGUGCCUUUCCUUUGUGCCUCUGUGUUGACGCUUAGGCUGCAUUGUAGUUGUCUGUUUACUUGUCUGACUGUCCCAAGACUGUUAGUGCCCUGACAAUAGGGACCAUGUCUUAGUCAUUAUUGUAUUCUACCCUUUGGGAUAGUACAAGGCACUGAAUCGGCACUUUGUGAUGCGGUGGGGUAUAUAGAAUGCAUGAAAUGUGACGGGCAGUCUCUCCCCUCUCCAGUCUGUCUCGCAAGCUGUUGUGAGAAAUGUCUUCCAAUGAAAAACACUGUCUCUUCCCAUAAAAAUGCCAUGGUUUCUCCCUUGUUCCGGACACAGUCCAUGCUCUAGCUCAGCGUGCAGAAAGGUUUACAGAUUGGUCCCAGCUCAACCCUCUAGUCUGAGUUGUUGUCACCCACUUUAUCUGCCCUGUUCUUCAUUGCUCCUGAAUUUCUCACUGCUUCUGAACAUGCUGCGGCCAUCUAUUUACUUUCUUCUUCGCUUGUGCAUUUUACUCUUCGUGGUUGCCCCCUUCUCUGAAACUCUGCUUGUCCCCUAGGACCCCACUGGUCUGUUACCAACCAUGAGAAGUCUUCCCCACUUUCCUUUCUUCCUCUUGGCACCCAUAGCACGUUGUGUUUUUGGCAUUUAUCAUAUUGUAUGGUGAUUUCUCUGUUUACUUGUUGGCCUCUUUCAUUUAGCUGACCCUCUGUAGAGGAGAGACUCUCCCUGAUCAUGGGAUGAGGGUGAAGGGGUGGGGAGUUGGGAGUGAGGUGAGCCGUGUGAUAGAGUCUGAUUUUGGAGUGAGGCUGACCUGGUUGAAAUCUUGAUUCUGCGACUUAAAACAACAGCGUGACUUUGGACAACUGGCUUAAGUAGGACUCUUGGUCUUGUCGCUGUACAGUGAGGGUCACAUUAUCUUUUUUGUAGGAGUAUCAAGCAUUAGAGAUAAUGAGUUCAUGGCGUGUAGCAUGGUGCCUGUCAUACGAAGGAUACUCAGUUAAUAUUUGUUUGUAAAUGAAUUCCAUUUUGGAAAACACAAUGGGUAAGAAAAGGCUUUAUUUUAUUCAAGCUAGAAUAACACUUUUUAUUUCUGCCAGGAGCAUUUUUGAGGUAGAAGUAAAAUUGGGAGUCUCUCUAUAGCAUAGCAAAGCAAUAUAAAGCUGAGGCUAGGGACAUCAUCAGUGCAGAAUAGUUGAUGUUUUGCCCCAUCUUUUGUGUUGCAGUGACUCCUUUGAUGGAUCCCCUUUAUGUGAGGAUGGUGGUGACCUUGGUGGGUAGAGAUGGGGGUGGGUAGGUGGUAGAUUUGUAAUGUAGUUCAGUCUAUGGAUGACUGAGUGGGGUGUUUGAGGAUUCAUGUUCCCUGGUGUUUUAUGGAUUGAAAACUGUUGGAUGAAGCUGAUAGAACAUAUCUAAGCAUUCAGGAAGCCAGACUUCUUGGCCCUAGUUUUCUUAGGGCUUUCAUGAUCUUGUGUUGCAGAACCAGGCCUAACACAGCUACUCCCCAGAAAUAGGGCUGGUAGCUGGGAGUUCACUGUCCCUUCUUUGCCUUUUUGUUUUUAGUGUAAUUGAUGGGGGUGGUUCUUAGGGCACCAGUUCCCAACAAACACCCAAGGAAUGUGUUUCCAGAAGUCUAGACUUCUUAAUUAUAUAAUGCCAGCUGGUGCUUCAGUUUGAGUUUAUAGUCCAGAUGAGGAAGAUAUGUUUGAGUUUUUCAGAGGGCAGCCUUCUUGUCUGGUCCUUGAACCCCUACCCCAGCCAGCUGCUUCUCUGGGCUCUCAAAGCAUGUACCAAACUGUAAUGCAAGUGGCUAUUAACCUGUCUUCCCCUCCCCGCAACUUCGGGCAAGAUCUUUUAUUUCUGGAAGCUUCUUAGAGGCCCUCCAUGGUAGGUGCUGAGCAAUUCCCGCUUACUGUGUGAUCCAGACCCGUCCUUCUUGAAAGGAAAGCAGAUAGGUUCUCUCCUUUGAACUCUUAGGAAACAAGGUCCUGCAUAAACAAAAGGUGAUAGGAUUAGCAGUAGCAUUACUAACCGCUAAUGCGGUUCAGUGAUCUUCCAGGUACUUGGCUCAGCGGUUUCCCUCUUUAGCUUUCAUAUGUUCUAGUAACACAUCCCUAAGCCAGCAUUAGAGGUUAAAAGCAGAGGUGAAUCUCACACCAGUGUAUUUUUUGCCAGUCACCAUCUUUUAACAAGUCUGGCUGCUGGCAUCGUCUUUGUUACUAAGUUCCUCUGAUUGCUCCAUAACCUGCUUGCUUUCCUGGCGGUAGUGCUCAUUGUCUGGGUGGGCUUCUGCUCACAGCCAGGGCCUACUACAACCUUGUUAAUGCCUACAUGAGUCAAAAGGACGAGACCAGUAGCUGAGAGUGACAUGAUGGUGUUUUCCCUGGGCUCUGCCCCUUGUCCCUCAGUGUGGGAGUGCACGUUGCAAUGUGGCAUAUCUUUGCCGGUGGCGUCUUGGCAGGGCUGGUAAGCUGCUUCUUAUGUUCAGCCAGUUGGAGAGGAGAUUGGGGUGAGGCAGCAGGACUGGGUUGUGCUGUGUAUGUUUAGGCUUCAAAGGGGCUGAGCCUUCCUGGAUGACCAUGAGUGUGAGAGUGGGACCUCUUUGUUAGUUACUGUCUCGUAAGUGCCAGCUCUCUGCGAGGUGACCUUUAGAAGCUGGGAAGGACAUGGCCUUCCAUUUGUGAAGAGCUCUAUGCUUUUCCUGUGAACUGUGUGUGUGUGGUGGGGGGUUCUCCCUGAGGGCAGGGACCAGGAAGACAGUCUAGGCUGUGCUGGCUUCACUGUGUGCUUCUUUCAGCUAACAGUAGGAUAGUAGGGUUUAUCAUUUGGGGUACUAAACAGGCCUCUGCACCUUCCCAGGUAAGCCCGGGGGGACUUCAGUCUAGAAGCCUCAGAGGGCUUUACAUCAGGGCAGAAUCAUUAGGACUUUCCUGUUGCUCCCUAGAGGAGGCUUCUACCCCAGUUCUGUCUGUGGUCUUGGGCAAAUCACUUGUCUUCUCUGUCCCUUCAGAAUGGGAGAACACCACCUGUUCUGUGGGCCUUACUAGGCUACAAGGAUCAAAGGACAUACAGUAGAAGGGAAAGCACUUCUGGGAUGGUAAAGCACAGCGUGGAUGGAGGGCUUUUGUCCCAUUUGUCCAGGAAUUCUGUUUUCAUCAUAAGCAUAAUAUGUGUCCUUGCAUAAAAUGCCUGCCAUACAGAAACAUGCAAAAGGAAAAGUAAAAAGACCCUCCCUUUCUUCCCCCACUGCCCCUGUCUAAACUCCUUUCCCAAAGACAGGGAGCUCUCCUGUUUCCUUCUAAUCAUUUUCGUGUUGCUUCUAGACAUUCCUCCUCAUGUAUCUCUUGUAAAAUAAACACGACUCAGUAGUUGUACAUGUUGUUCUUCAACUUGCUCUGCUCAUCUAACACUUCCCUGGUGUUGAGUAGCCCCUGUUGGAGCUUCCUUCCCAGCUAAGGGGCUUCCUCCGGGCCUGGCUUCUUGGGAGGGAUGGAGAGUCUUUACUAGAGGUUCUUGCCACAGCAGUCAUGCUGGUUGUCUCUGAGGGUUGGUUUUUUAUGCUGCAAUGAGGUCACCCCCCAGGAGUGCCCUGAGUGGGAAUCGGGAUGGUUCUAAACAUGGUCUGGGCACCAUCGCUUCCGCCUCACGUGCAUUUCUUCCCUCCGUGCUUCUGUGCUCUGAGGCCAGGAAGAGAGUAAACUUACCUGAUUUCUCAACAUAGAGACAGUCCCUGCUUUCUGAAACCUUGGAUUACCUAGGUUACUUGCUGCUCUGUUUUGAAAGCAAACCAGACCCAGCCGGUGUUUUUUGGUUUUAUUUGUUAGUGAGAAUUCUGAAGGGAGCCUGUCAAUGGGCAUGCAUUCUUAGCAGUCUAGGGAAGAGGUCAGAGCUAUAGGAAGAGAUGUUCUCUCCUCGGUGAUUAUCUCCCUCUCUGGGGUCAGGCCUUGGCCUCCUGGGCUCUGCGGUUGUUGUCGGAGUAUUACAGGGAGUAGGCAGUUGGGAAUGAUUAACCUAGGCUUGGGAGAAGCCUAGGCCAGGCCCCUCUGUGGUGUCAGGUCGCUGUUUUCCCUCUACCCUGAGUCAUGUCAUCCACAGGGCUUUCCAGACAGAAGGGGAAUCCUUCUGUUUUUUCCUUGCCAACAUGCAGCCCUCCUCUGUGAGCACAAGCAGUAUUUGCUCAGUAUUUGCUGCUGCAUUUGCUGUGCUCUCCUCUCCUGCCGCUCCAGGGGUCACAUUCUGUGGGUUUUCUGGGACCUUACUACUAUGGCUCCAUUUCCCUUGUGAUCUCUAAGCCAGAGUGGGUUACUUCACUUGGGUGGUUCUGGAGGCUUCUGGAGAGAUUUUUCUCCUGUUCUUGGGCUUGCUGUGAUGGGAACACUAGUCUCUGGUCACUGCUCCUUCUGAGUGGGUGGAAUGGUUGCUGUUGGGAGUGUGAGGAGCCUGGCUGCAGCAUGGCCUUUAUCCUUGCUCUCUGGACUCCUCUAGGGCCAGCUCCCUGGGAAGUGCCAUCCCCUGGCCUGUCCUGAGGCUGGCCCAGCUUUGGGCCUGGUCACACACUGCCCCAUUGUGUGGUGCCUUCCAUGCGCUUCUUGUUGCAGCCUCUGAUCCCUGUGCCAGUCCUCUCCCGGCCCCUUGCCUCGGAGCCCGUGGGAGGUGGCAGGGUGGGCUCUGCUGGCGCAGCCCUGGAAUGGGUGGCAGCGGCAGCCGUGGCCAACUUUGUUCCGACAACCCCGCUUUCGGAGCUAUGGUGCAGCCUGGCAGCCAUGUCCAGGGAGAAGGCAAGACUGGGGAGCUGCCCCCUGGCAGCAGUGCCCACUUCCACCUCAGCUCUCCUCUCCUCGGCUUGACCUAUCAGAGAGCUCUGUCACCUGGGGUCAGCCAGCUGGACUCACUGGCUGGCAAGGGGGCAUGCUGCACUUCUGCCUGGCAUGAUUUUUGGAUGGGAGAAGGCCCCCCAGGGUCUAGUGCUCCGGAGUUGGGCUGCUCUCAACCAAGCUGUCUGUUUAUAUGGAGUGCCUGGAGGGCGUCUGCCAUGAGUCUGUCGCUAACCGUGCUAACCAGGAGAGCUGGCUGGUGGGGGAGAAGACACUAACCCUGAGCUGUUGGCUAGAGGAAGUGGAGGGGCCGUGGGAUGCAGAGAGCCAAGGGCUAACUCCAGGACAGCGGAACAGAGAGAGCUGCCGACAAUCAGACGCAGGUUGAGAACCCCUCACAUCCAAGAAUGACCAGUGCGGCCCCUGCUAAGAAACCGUACCGCAAGGCACCCCCUGAGCACCGGGAGUUGCGGCUGGACAGUCCAGGAUCCCAGCUGGAGCAGGAGGAACCCCUGACUGAUGCGGAGAGGAUGAAGCUCUUGCAGCAGGAGAAUGAGGAGCUCCGUCGGCGCCUGGCCUCGGCCACCAGGCGCACUGAGGCCCUGGAGCGCGAGCUGGAGAUUGGGCAGGACUGCUUGGAGCUGGAGCUGGGCCAGAGCCGUGAGGAGCUAGACAAGUUUAAGGACAAGUUCCGCAGGCUUCAGAACAGCUACACGGCUUCUCAGAGGACCAACCAGGAGUUGGAGGACAAGCUACACACGCUGGCCUCUCUUAGCCACAGCUGGAUCUUUGCAAUCAAGAAGGCGGAGAUGGAUAGGAAGACGCUGGAUUGGGAGAUCGUGGAGCUGACCAAUAAGCUGCUGGACGCCAAGAACACCAUCAACAAACUGGAGGAGCUCAAUGAGCGGUACCGGCUGGACUGCAACCUGGCUGUGCAGCUCCUUAAGUGCAACAAGUCCCACUUCCGCAACCACAAGUUCGCUGAUCUGCCCUGUGAGCUACAGGACAUGGUCCGGAAACAUCUGCACAGUGGUCAAGAAGCUGCCAGCCCUGGCCCCGCCCCUAGCCUGGCACCAGGGGCUGUGGUCCCCACAUCGGUCAUCGCCCGAGUGUUAGAGAAGCCAGAGUCUCUCCUGCUCAAUUCGGCGCAGUCAGGCAGUGCCGGGCGCCCCUUGGCUGAGGAUGUCUUUGUGCAUGUGGACAUGAGUGGGGGUAGCCUGGGUGAACCUGCCAGUCCCCCCACCCCUGGCAGUCCCACCCCACAACCCAAUGGAGAAUGCCACUCUCUGGGCACUGCCGGGGCCUCCCCAGAGGAGGAAUCACCCUUGCCGGCCUUUGAGAAGCUGAGUCCCUAUCCCACCCCAUCUCCACCACACCCGCUCUAUCCUGGCCGCAAGGUCAUAGAGUUCUCUGAGGAUAAGGUGCGAAUCCCCCGCAACAGCCCCCUGCCCAACUGCACUUACGCUACACGCCAGGCCAUUUCCUUGAGCCUGGUGGAAGAGGGCGGUGAGCGGGCCCGCCCCAGCCCAGUGCCCAGCAGCCCCGCCUCAGCCCAGGCGUCACCCUACCAUGAGCCCAGCCCUCUUCCCCCAGUACUCAGUGCCCCAGCCAGCUCUGCCAGCUCUGAGGAGGACCUGCUCGCCAGCUGGCAGCGGGCAUUUGUGGACCGCACGCCACCCCCAGCCGCUGUGGCCCAGCGCACAGCCUUCGGACGUGAUGCGCUCCUUGACCUGCAGCACCAUUUUGCUCUUAGCCCCACCGACAGAGAUGAGGUGGUUCCAGCACCUUCUCCACCUAGUGAGAGUGGGCUUUUGCUGCCCACAGAAGCUGACCCUGGCCCUUCCAGGGAGGAGGAGGAAGAGCUGAACCUGCCCAUCAGCCCUGAGGAAGAACGUCAGAGUCUGCUGCCCAGUGAUGGUGGCACAGAGGAGGGGCCGGUCACUUCCCACACUGAGGGCCGGGCCUGGGCACUCCUCCACUCCAGCCGCCCCCAGCGCAGCCCCAAGAGGAUGGGGGUGCACCACCUGCACCGCAAGGACAGCCUGACCCAGGCCCAGGAGCAAGGCAACCUGCUCAACUAGGGUGCCUGCUUGCUUUCCUACCAUGGCUACACUGGGACCAUGGGAGACCCCCUACCCUGCCCCAGAGCCCUCCUCCCUCAGGCCAGCACCACUCUGCUUCCUGUGCAGGGUAGGGGGAGAGGGGGAGAGCACACCAGACUUUUUAGCUGCAUUGACUAUGACUGGCCCCAGCUUGCCUCAUACCUUUCCCUUUUCUUCAUAGAGUAUGUACUUCCCAAAGGUAACAUGCAGCUGGGGCUCUAGACCUUUCUUCUGGCCAGCCCAAACUGGGCUGUUCUGGGGUGCUGACAGGUCUGUUACAUCAGUGUUCAUCUCCCAUCCCCAUUUCGUACCCACAAAUGGUUUUUGUUUUCCGAGGGUGGGAGGGGAAGGUCAUUUGGAUUAUUAACUUCUAAUUUCUAUUUUCUGCCUGCUUUCCUCUCCUCAAGUCCUCUGCACAAGCUGUUGCCUUCAAGGGGUCCUUGGGGGAUGAGGGAGAGGACUCACUCAGGGCUUGCUUCAGCUGUGUCCAUCCUCUCUCUGGGAGGGAGAAGAGGGAGGGAUUUGGGGGCCUCAAGCUGGUCUGUGGGUGAGGCCUGGCCCCCUCCCAACCUUGGCUCUAGACUGUUACUCCCAGCUUUGGGAAGUUUUCACAUCAAUGACUAUUUUAAAAUUAAAACUAUUUUACUGAUACUGCCUAA